ACUUUUGUUUUACUUUCCCUUUUAAUGGGGUACACAUGACAUUUUUUUAACUUUUCUUAUUCUUUCUCUCUCUCCUCUCUUCCCUCUUCUUCUUCCUCUCUAGAUCUGGGUUUGAGGGUUCUCUCAACCCGAAUGCCAUGCUAGAGUGACGAUGAACGGAGUGGAUUCUUCAAUUGAAACCACGCAACAUCUUCAACACAAAUCCACACCAGAAUGGAGGGUUCUCUCCACACCUUGAAACUCCCAAAUCCACAAAUUACAUUCACAUACGAAUCCACAAGCAAGAUUCAACAGACACCAAAAUUGGGGACGAUAAAGCAAACCAUAACAAUCCCAGCUUCACACUUGAUGCCAAUCACAAUUCUAAAACAACAUAAAAAAAAAUUCCUAAGGAAAUUGAAAUGACAAGCUCAAUGCACAACAAAACAAACCCACUGUUAUCGACAGCCUUGGCGGUGUACUUGAUCUGGAAAACUCUACCUCAUCUUUCUUAUUUCUUCUUCUUAUUCUUUCUCUUUUUCUGUCUCCUCGCUUCUUCUUCCUCUCUCAAACCUAGAUGUGGGUUUUUCUCAAACCCAGAUCUGGGUUUGAGACAAACCCAGAUUUGGGUUUCAUCACAUUGGCAAUAAUCCACCGGCAUCAAGCAACAACCAUCACCAGGACCAUCAUUGACACCGAUCUGAGAGAUCCUUGGUGGAACGCCAUUGAACCAGCAUUUCGUCCGUUGAAGAGAGGCACAAGCAAUGGUUUAUUCGAUGAGUAUCCACAGUCGACUUCUCAAGAUCUAGUAGUGAAGAGAGGCACAAGCAACGAAUGGGCAAACGACUCCAACUUAGCGAAAAAGAGCUACCGACGACGUUGUGGUUUAUUCUCGGAGAAUCCACAGGCAACUCCUCGAGAACGAGUAGUGAAAAGGCGCAUUGUGGGUUUAACCAUUGCCAUCGAUUGUUCUUAUUGGGUUGAAAGAACCUAGAUUUGGAGAGGAAGAAGAAGAGAGAAGAGAGUAGAGAAAGAAUAAGAAAAGUUAAAAAAGUCA